CCAUCGCCAAACUCGAUUCAAGUUCCUCCAACUCCUUCCAGUUUCAUUCAUCUCGAUCCAACUCGAUCCACUUUCAUCCAUCUCGGUUCAACUUCAUUCAAGUCCAUACAAGUCCAUCCCACUCCUUCCGGUUUCAUUCAUCUCAAUCCCACUCACUCCAACUCCAUCUAUUCUGUUCCAUCCAACUCUAUCCAUCUCGUUCCUCCAACUCCUUCCAGUUUCAUUCAUCUCGAUCCAACUCCAUCCACUUUCAUCCAUCUCAGUUCAACUUCAUUCAAGUCCAUACAAGUCCAUCCCACUCCUUCCGGUUUCAUUCAUCUCAAUCCCACUCACUCCGACUCCAUCUAUUCUGUUCCAUCCAACUCUAUCCAUCUCGGUUCAACUUCAUUUAACCAUCGCCAAACUCGAUUCAAGUUCCUCCAACUCCUUCCAGUUUCAUUCAUCUCGAUCCAACUCGAUCCACUUUCAUCCAUCUCGGUUCAACUUCAUUCAAGUCCAUACAAGUCCAUCCCACUCCUUCCGUUCCUCCAACUCCUUCCAGUUUCAUUCAUCACGAUCCAACUCCAUCCACUUUCAUCCAUCUCGGUUCAACUUCAUUCAAGUCCAUACAAGUCCAUCCCACUCCUUCCGGUUUCAUUCAUCUCAAUCCCACUCACUCCAACUCCAUCUAUUCUGUUCCAUCCAACUCUAUCCAUCUCGGUUCAACUUCAUUUAACCAUCGCCAAACUCGAUUCAAGUUCCUCCAACUCCUUCCAGUUUCAUUCAUCUCGAUCCAACUCCAUCCACUUUCAUCCAUCUCGGUUCAACUUCAUUCAAGUCCAUACAAGUCCAUCCCACUCCUUCCAGUUUCAUUCAUCUCGAUCCAACUCAGUUCAAGUCCAUCCAACUCCAUCCACUUUCAUCCAUCUCGGUUCAACUUCAUUCAACUCCAUACAAGUCCAUUCCACUCCUUCCGGUUUCAUUCAUCUCGAUCCCACUCAGUUCGACUCCAUCUAUUCUGUCCCAUCCAACUCCAUCCAUCUCGGUUCAACUUCAUUCAACCAUCGCCAAACUUGA